AUUUUCUCUGUCUAUUCUCUAUUCCCUUCUUUAUUACUGCUGCCGUUGCUACCAAUACUAUUGAUAUUACUAUUGAUAUUAUUGUUAUUGUUACGAAUUGCAUGUCAUUCAAACCAAUGGAUCCCCAAGAACCUAAAACAGACGAAACCAACCACCGUAUUAUGACUAGAAGAGUAAGCCGGUCUGCGCAAUCACGUUCUCCCGUACUGGAAUCAAAGGAUGGACUUCGGGAGAUGGACCGACUGACACCUUCAUCCUCGCCUGAGCCAGUAGCUGGGAGAGUGGCGACCCGUUCGGCAUCAACGGAUUCUAGUCUACCUGACAUAGCCGAGACUCGCAAACGAAGACGCAAGACACAAACGAAAAAACGUCAGCCAGCCAAACAGGUCAGAGACGAUACUGACCGAGAGACGCGCCACACGGCACAGAGGAUGACAAAAGAAGCCAAAGAAGCCAAAAAGGCACAACGAGAGAUAAUAAUUAAGAGCAGACUGUCGGAAUUAGAGAAGCUUGAAAGGGCAGUCAAGAACGGGUCUCAUCCGGAUUAUCUUCAGCUGUUACGGGACAUUGAGGCUAAGCGGGAUGAGAAACGUCACAGAGCAGAGGCCCGUCAUGAAUUAAUAGAAAAGGGAAUCCGGAAGAUGAUAUUAGCCCAGGAAAAGAUUGCCUAUGAUCAAUACCACUUAGAUAAACUGGCCCUUCGCCGUACAAUGAUCCAGCAAAUGCAGCAAAAGAUCAAUACUUUAGAACAAGAAUACCACUCGCGCACUGUCCAAGGCAAGCCCUAUUUUGCAACUCCCGACGUCAAUGAUUGGCUGGACUGGGUACCUCCGGAGCGUCCUUCUAAUAUUUCCUUAACUUUGAUUCGCUUGCUUUUCGAUGACUUACGCUCUCUUACUUUGGGCCUGUCACCAGAUUGUAUAGAUGAGGAUCUCGCCCUCGCCCAUGGGGAUGCUGUAUCUCCUGAGCCCAGUCACGUCCUUCCCUUUUCGCUUGGCCGUUCCUCUCCGACUGGCCGAGCUACGUCACCCAUCCACUCACUGGCAUCGCUGGUCGACCGCCAGGACACCCAUCAUCUUCAUCCUCAUCAUCGUUACCUUUCUGACUCUCUUACUAGCACUCAACCUUUAUGA